UUCUCAAGCGGGGAAAGCUUCAACAUCUGGACACCGCUGUCGGGGAGAGAGACAGUUUGUAGCUUGUACACUGUAGACACACUGUAGCGUCUAUUCGCAGGAUGUAGAACACAACAGUGCGGAAAUUAUUCAGUAUUUUCUCCGUAAUGUCCGGCGUCCUGCAGACGAGACCAUUCUGACUUUUCUAUUUAUAGACUCCGCGGUUGCGAUGUGAAGAUUUGUGGCAGAGAAAUUUGACGAGAGCGGAAGAAGAAGAAGAAGAAGAAGAAGAAGAGGAAGAGGAAGAGGAAGAAGAGAAAGAGGAAGAAGAAGAGGAGGAGGAGGAGAAAGAAGAAGAAGAAGAAGAAGAAGAAGAAGAAGAAGAAAGAGCAAAAGAGCUUUGUUUGUGCUCCCGACCGUGAAGGAGAACCUGUUGAAUAAACAACCUCUACACUGACAUUAAGGGCAUGUGGAGAAGGGAUUGGAACACAGCCCAUCUAAACAAGGCAACCAGCAGACCUCUGGUCUAGCUGUUGCUAUGGCGACCAGUGCUGUGCCUAGCGACAACCUCCCCACCUAUAAGCUGGUGGUGGUGGGUGAUGGCGGUGUAGGAAAGAGCGCACUCACCAUCCAGUUCUUCCAGAAAAUCUUCGUUCCAGACUACGACCCAACUAUCGAGGACUCGUACCUGAAGCACACCGAGAUCGAUGGCCAGUGGGCGAUUCUGGACGUACUGGACACAGCAGGCCAGGAGGAGUUCAGCGCCAUGCGUGAGCAGUAUAUGAGGACCGGAGACGGCUUCCUCAUCGUGUUCUCUGUCACAGACAAGGCCAGCUUCGAGCACGUCGAUCGAUUUCACCAGCUCAUCCUCAGGGUGAAGGAUCGAGAGUCCUUUCCUAUGAUCCUCGUAGCUAAUAAAGUGGACUUGGUUCAUUUGAGGAAGGUGACGAAUGAACAGGGCUGUGAGAUGGCUGACAAACACAAUAUCACUUACAUUGAGACGAGCGCUAAGGAUCCACCAAUGAACGUGGACAAAGCCUUUCAUGAGCUGGUCCGAGUAAUUAGACAACAAGUACCGGAGAGGAAUCUGAAGAAAAAGAAGAAGAUGAAAUGGCGAGGUGACCGAGCCGCCGUUUCUCCAAAACUCCGCUGCACUAUAUUAUGACCUCCUGCUCGAUAAUCUCACGGUCUCACAGAGCUGCGAUUGGCAGGAAAUAAAAAACAGCAGGGCCACGGAGAAGCCGACGAGACGUAUUAAACCGCUGACAAAGGCGCAGCUGAUUUGCACAGGCGCAGAGACGAGUGGAGAUGAGGAUAUCGGCGUGCGCUCAUUCAGUCCUGUUCUUCACACGGUUGUCACAAGCAUAAAGGUGUUCAGUGCUGCCUUCCAGGUGCUCAGUGGGAGUGGACAGUGUUUUGCCUUAUCGCUUUGCGUCUCUGUACUGAUACGAAGUGUUAAGUUGUAGCUCGGCCAAAGAAAAAGCCAGUCAUUAGCACUGAAGUUUGCUAAUGCUGAAUUGGGAAUUUGGGAUACCUCCUAAACAUGGCCUUUACUGUUAAGCACAAAUGUACACGUUUGACUGAAAUUGACCUUUUUUUGCACUUUGAUAUUUGAUAUCGCACAAAUAUCAUAUCAUGGGGUUAACGUAUUAAAGUCAUUAAAGCAUUCGCUGCCUUUGCUAAAGGCUUUAGUUGUAACGGCUAAAAAAAAAUAA